GUGGUUAUGAUUGAGUCUCUUCUUGGUGCGUUUUCGAUUUCAAUGAGAUGCAAAUAUAUCAAUGAUGAUUUUGUCUGGUUACUAACCUCUGUCUAUGGUCCGGUGCUCAAUUUCGAAAAAGAUCAAUUUUGGGAAGAACUCGGAGACAUUCGAUACUUAUGGAAUGAUCCUUGGGUCCUCUCGGGUGACUUUAAUGUCACCAGAUUUGCUUCCGAAAGAUCUGGGACCCAAUCUAUCACCAGUUUUAUGCACAAGUUUGCCAAUCUCGUUCACGAUCACCAGCUUCUCGACCGUACUCUUCAAGUUUAAUCGGUCAAUACACUAUUUUGACAAUCAAGCCGUGGAGAUGCUCAACUACGUAAACUCAAACGUUCUCAUUUUCUUUCUUUCCAUGCUCUCAUUUUCUAGCGACGGGUAUUUCAAAAGCUUGGAAUGAUACACGCACUGCUUUGAAUUUGCAAAAAUGGUUGCGGUUUUUGCACCCAUAGGUAGUCCUGUAUUUGAUUCUGUUCUAUUUGCUUUGUUUUAAUUCUUUUUUAUACGGAACGGUCUAAUGUUUGAGUUGCAGAUAUCCAUAUCCUAAGGACUAGGACAAGGUGAUCAGGGAAGGUGGCAAUUAUAUUGUUUUUCAAAAUUUGGAUAUAUGAAUACCUAUAUAAAUUAUAUUACAAUAUGAGACAUCAUUAAAGAAAAAACCCAGUUAUUAGUAAGCUGAUCUCUAUAUUAUUACAGAAAGCUAUGAGCGUAA